AUGGGGAAGCCUGGUAAAAAGGCCGGGAAAGGCCUCCUCGCACCUACGAAUGUUAACCGCCGUGUGGACCCCACGAAAACAAGUUUGCGAGACCAGCGGACGAUCAAGCGAUUGAAAAUGUACACUUCCAAGAUUGUUCGUGAUGAAAAGGGUCACAUUGUGAAGGGGAGCGUUUUAAAGGCGUCGGAUCGUGUUGAACAGCAGAUGGUGCGUGUUGCACCUGAUCGCCGCUGGUUUGGCAACACAAGAGUUAUUGGGCAGGAGGCACUGCAAAAGUUUAGGACAGAAAUGGGUGCUAAAUACAGAGACCCGUACAGUGUUGUCAUUAAGCAAUCGAAACUUCCCCUCAGUCUUCUCACAAUGACCGAAAAGGAGGAAGGCAGUGUCAGGCAGCUAAUGGAGUGGGAAAAGACCUUCGGUGACAAAUCUAAUCGAAAGCGAAUUCGGUUAGACACUGUUGAUAUGGAAGAUUUUGCGAGGAAAGCAGAGUCGAAAAACACUGAGUAUCUUACUCACAAGAAAGGGACGGAUCGUGAUCUCGUGAAAAAAUCAGAGACUGAGCGCCUCGAUCGUUCAAAGAACCAAGGUCUCUUGCGCAAGGGACAAUCAAACCGUAUUUGGAACGAACUUUAUAAGGUCAUUGACAGCUCAGACGUCGUGCUGUACGUCUUGGAUGCCCGCGACCCUUUGGGAACGCGCAGUGCGUACCUCGAGGAUUACAUGCGAAAAGAAAAGAAAUAUAAGCACUUCGUCUUCAUUUUGAACAAAUGCGACCUCAUUCCUUUGUGGGCCACUGCCCGAUGGCUUCAGGUUCUGAGUAAGGACUAUCCUACGGUCGCUUUCCAUGCGAGUGUAAACCAUCCCUUUGGGAAAGGAAGUGUGAUAUCGCUUCUACGGCAGUUUUCAAAGCUGCAGAAUGUCACCCACCGGGGGAGCAGUCGCACUAAAACACCAAUAUCUGUGGGUAUUAUCGGGUACCCGAACGUUGGGAAGAGUUCAUUGAUCAAUACACUGCGGCGCAAGUCUGUAUGCAAGGUUGCGCCAAUUCCGGGGGAAACAAAGGUAUGGCAGUACGUUGCGCUAACAAGGAAUAUCUUUUUGAUUGAUUGCCCAGGGGUGGUUUACGACCGCGAGACAAACAACGAUGUGCAAGCUGUACUUAAGGGUGUAGUUCGAGUGGAGCGCCUGGGGAACGCUGAUAAAACAGAUGUGGUGAAUACAGUCCUCGACAUCGUGAAACCGAAAGACAUUGCUGCGACGUACGGCAUUUCGAGUUGGCGGGACGUAAACGACUUUCUUGAGAAGUUGGCGAAACUUCGUGGCAAACUCGUAACGGGAGGAGAGCCGGAUACAGAGGCAGCAGCACGCAUGGUUCUAUACGACUGGCAACGUGGACGCAUCCCAUGGUUUAGUGCACCCCCAUUUGAAUCAAACAAGCACUAUCGCGACACAAUGGGGUUGUCUGAGGCAAAGCAUAUGAAGGUAAUUGAACAUUACAGUUCAUUCAACAUAGUUGAUGGUGUGAUGGAUCACAAAGAUGAGCCAUACUGCAGUGAGGAUGAGGAGGAACGGCCUGCAGAAGGAGUGCAAGGCGAUGCGACGAAACGAGUUGAACCCAAGUUUAGCGGGAAACCCCCAGACCCUAAUACAACAGUUGCUACCUUUGCGUUGCGACAGGAGCCCACAAAGAAGAAGGGGUUACGUAAGAAGGAUCUGCACGAGCCCUCAUCGAUUUCUACCGAACCCGGUGACGGGCCCAACGACGAUGAGCUGUGGAGGCGCUUCCUUCUUGCAGCUCAGGACUGA